AUGACGACCUCCUCCCCCCCCUCCUCCGCUUUGCAAUCCUUGCCAGAGGCACUACUCACCGUUGCCGAAAACAACCUGAACAGCACCCAGCCGCUCUUCUUUGGCCUUUCUGGCGCGCAGCUCUCCCGCAUCGCCCGCGAAGUGUACGUCCACCUAAAAGCCUGCGGAAAGGAUGCCAUCGCAGAGCAGGCACAAACACUCACCGAGCCAGCCCUCCUCGCGCAGGCCGUCCAACACGUGCAAGAAAAAGUCGAGCAGAAACAGUCAGCGGAGACGCAGCCUCCCGCAGCUUGUGCCGAUGCUGCUUCAAUCACUGCCUCCGCCGCAUUGGCCUUUCCUGCACCCCCUUCAGCAGCAGCAGCAGCAGCAGCAGCCCUUCAACAGCAACAGCAACAGCAAGAGCAGCAACAGCAACAACAAGAGCAGCAACACCUGUCUCGUAAGGCUUGUAUUGCGCGUCUGAUUCUUGCAAUUGUGGCUGCUAAGGUGGCACGUGACAGCCUCCAGUACUUACACCAGAGCAAAAGGCCUAAGACAACGGCAAACGAUCCAGUAGCUCCCUCAGGCUUGGGAAGCGUGUCAGUAGAGAGUCUCGCAACGGCUCUUCACCCCCACAAGGGCUUUUUUGGUGGGCUGCCGCAGAAUUUGCUGCUGUCACUGCAGCGAGUUGUGUCUGCUUCCAUCGACGCCAUAAAUGGCGCCAUGGCUGCGUCAGGAUGUGGGAACGGGCUGUCUCCAGAAGCCCAUCAGGAGAACUGUCAAGGCAGCUCAACGGAGCUCCCUCCGCUGUAUCUAACUCCUGCACAACAAGGCCGCGUACAGCUGACACCCCACGAGAGGUCCGCUGGCGAACUGAUCGAGAAGCUUCUCAAGAUGGAGGGGGGAAGGAGCGCAGCCUCCCUCACCCUUGAUGCAGCAGGAAGCAGCGCGGUUCAACCAAGGGAGCAGCAGCAGCUAGAGCAACAGCAACAACAGCAGCAGCUAGAGCAGCUAGAGCAGCAGCAACAGCAGCAGCAGCAACAGCAGCAGCAGCAACAGCAGCAGCAGCCAGAGCAGCAGCAACAGCAGCAGCAACGGCAGCAGCAGCAGCAGCAGCAACAGCAGCAGCUGAUUGUGACCGGAACAUCGAGUGAUGCAGGCGGAGAGGAUGCCCUCGAGGCGGAGUUCAGAGAAUUUCUGCGUCGUGCAGAGUCCGGAGAGGAAGCCUCUCCCCCCCUCUCGAUCCCGCAAAAGCUGCGCUUCUACGGGCUAUUCAAGAGGAUCACUGCUGGCAGAUGCACUCAGAAACAACCGUCACAGUUCAACCUGAGGCAAUACAAGAAAUGGGAGGCUUGGAAGGCUUGCGACAAGCUCUCCGUUUCGGAAGCGAAGAAGGAGUAUGUGCGGUUGGCGAGAGAACUUGAGAAACAGCAACAGGCGAGGCUGUGA